GGCGAGUGUCCCGCGCUCGAGCGCCUGGUCGCCCAACAGCUCAAGGGCCAGGCCGCCAGGACUGUCGCCAGCGGGACUAUCUUCCAGGUGAACUUUGUGGUGCAGUUCGGUUUCAUCAUCGUGGCCUUCGCGGUCCUUGUUCGAUAUGAUAACGAUUUGUGGCACGUCCGCAUUAUGCUCGCUCCUGUGGCUGAUGCACGGUGGGUCAUCUACAGUCCAGAUGUGGACAUGUAUACUGGAGACGUGACGGGUGUCCGUGAAUUCCGCCCUGACGGUACCAUCCCGGUGAGUCUGAGAGGUGCCAACAUCUACAUAUUCGGUGCUGGUCGGGCGCCCGACCAGGCAGCUCUCAGAGGGCUGAUGGAGGAGGCGGCUGAUCUUGUGGCGCUCGCUGGCGGCGCUGUCACUGCGGCCGGGGCGGUGCCCGAGGUGUGGCUCUUCGUGGAGUCGAACGCCACCGUCGCCAUCGGAGACGACUGUAUGUCCGGCCCAGAGGUGGUCCUCGACCAGAAUGGGCUGGUGCGCUCCGGAGGAGACAUCCUAACGGUAGAGAGCGUACCCAGGGCGACGGUCCAGCAGUGGAAGCGAGCGCGUGCUGGAACCAUCGAUGUCAGGGUGAUGACGGUGAAGUUCAAUCCAGCAGACGAGCGCUUCCGGCCGCGGUCCAGCGCCGCCGAGGCGACCAGCGAGAGUGCGAUGAACCACUGGCCAGUGAAUGGGGCCACUUACAGCAACUUUGGUUACUUGAUUCAUGGUUCACUGCAACAAUGGUCCAGAAAAUCAUCAUCGGUGUGCUCAUACCUCGAGGCGGCGGGCAGCAUGCAUCAGUUCGGCGUGUCGAACAUUGUGGUGAUUGAGAAGGUAGCCAGACGGCUGCAGACACUCGAGUACCAGUAUGCUGAGAUAUUGCGAGAUGGAGAGCGUGGGGGCGCUGCUGGAGCUGCCGCGGGUGUUGCUGGCAGUGCG